AUAAGCACGCCUGAUUUCUCAGACCAUGAAAAAAACACGUCUAGUUGGAUGUGUUGAUGGAGUUAAAUCUCAGUUUGGAUACGUUGAAACCGAUCCAUCCGGUCGGUACGGUCGAUUUAGAGAGAUUCUUGGUAAAGGAGCUAUGAAGACAGUGUACAGGGCAUUUGAUGAGGCCCUAGGAAUGGAGGUGGCAUGGAAUCAAGUGAAGCUGAACUAUGUCUUCCGUUCACAUGACGAAUUGCAGAGGCUUUAUUCCGAGGUUCACCUCCUCAAGAAUCUCAGCCAUGAUUCAAUCAUCAGAUUCUACGCUACUUGGGUCGAUGUCGAUCGUAGAACGUUCAAUUUCAUCACCGAGAUGUUCACCUCCGGCACACUUCGAGAGUAUAGACAGAGGUACCAGCGUGUCGACAUGCGAGCAGUUAAGAGCUGGGCUCGCCAAAUUCUGCAGGGUCUAGCUCAUCUGCAUGGCCAUGACCCUCCAGUGAUCCAUAGAGAUCUUAAGUGUGAUAAUAUCUUUGUCAAUGGCCACCUUGGACAAGUCAAGAUCGGCGAUCUCGGACUGGCUGCCAUUCUUCGUGGGUCACAACAUGCUCAUAGUGUCAUAGGAACACCGGAAUUUAUGGCACCAGAGCUAUAUGAAGAAGACUACAAUGAGCUGGUAGAUAUAUACUCCUUUGGCAUGUGUGUCUUAGAGAUGCUUACUUCCGAAUAUCCGUAUAGUGAGUGCUCCAAUCCGGCUCAAAUCUACAAGAAAGUGACUUCGGGAAAGAAGCCAGAGGCAUUCUAUAGGAUCCAAGAUGAGGAAGCCCGGAGGUUUAUCGGAAAGUGCCUGGAGAAUGUUUCCAAGAGGUUGCCUGCUCGUGAACUCUUGCUUGAUCCGUUUUUGGCCUCUGAUGAAGACAAUCUGAAGUCCAUCCCGAGAGUCUCGAGCCAAAAACUAACUCAUAAAGGCCCAGUCGCGGAGCUAGCGCCUUCUUUAAAGGUUGAUCCAACAAGGAGUACUGAUAUGUCGAUAACCGGCACAAGGGAUCCCGAAGAUGACACAAUUUUUCUCAAAGUGCAGAUUACAGACAAGGAAGGUCAUGCUCGGAACAUUUAUUUUCCCUUCGACAUAGUAAACGACACUGCGAUUGAUGUCGCGUUGGAGAUGGUAAAGGAAUUAUAUAUCGAUGACUGGGAGCCAUUGGAGAUUGCUGAUAUGAUAGAAGAGGAAAUAUCUUCCCUCGUCCCGACUUGGAAGGACCUAGGCACCUCUCAAUUUCACCAUCAGCACAGCCCUAAGUACGACGACGAUGACGACGACGACGAUGACCAAAGUGAAAUCCACAAUCCUUUCUAUGCUACCUCCUCCCAUUCUUCCUAUGACGCACAAUUUUCUCAUGGGAAAAAUUUCAUUUCCAAGUGCAAUUGGUCCCAAGACAUAUUCAGCAAUGACGAUGCAAGUUCCAAUUGCUCUAUGGAAUCGUUCCAGUACUCCAGCAUGAAUUACGAGGACGACUUCGAUUCGAGUCUCCAUCAAGGGGAGCACCCCUGCAUUCCGAACACCCUCAAAUCUACACGAUUUUGUCCGUCGGAUAGCACGAGUGCUUACUGCUACAAACAGCGCGCCGCACGACUCGAUUCAUGGCAAUCUUCCCAUUUCAAUGGCCAGCCGAAGCUAACGAAGAUCCGUUUGCUCGUGGACAUUCGCAGCAAAUUGCUGCACCAAUCAGUAAUGGCAGAGAUAGACAAGAGAUGCCUAUUUAAGACGAUCGGAGCAGUGGAGAACAUCGGAUAUCAGGAUCUGGGAGAGGUUUCGCACAAGGAGUAUCUCGAAGACGGCAUAAACGGAAGGAUUUUUCGAUCAUGACAGAGAUUUCGGGGGAGUUUUAGGCGGUGAAGAUCCCAUCCCCUUAAUCUCUCUGUUAAUAUGGUAGUUUCUUUCAGUAGUGAGGAUGACAAAUUCUGAAUCCUCCAUCUGGUUUGGUGUAGUAAAUAAUGCUAGGUUGCAUACAUGUUCAAGACUAUGAACCAAGUAUUCCCUAAAACAUCACCAUAUUCACGGAUUGAGAAAACUUUAUGAAUGUAGGACUAAUGUAUGCAUGCAUGCAUCACUUUAUUUAUGAA